ACGGCUAGUUCUUUCAUCUUCUCUCUUCUUUUCUCUCCCUUUCCCCUUUGUCUCCAUUUCGUUCUCCAGAGUAAAGAACCUGAUUGAUAGUACAGAAAUCAAAAUCCAAUUUUCUCUCUACCUCCAUUGAAAUCUUAGAUUCCGCAUCUCAGAAUCUAGGAUUUUCAGAUUCUCCAUAGUGGAACAACAUCUACAGCAGCAGCAGCACAACAACUAUGUUUCUAAUUAAAAAUUAGGUCACAGAUAUUGGUUCAGUACAGUAUCAGAAAGAUUCAUUGGUUGGCUUGGAUAUUACCCAAUCAAUUUUCUUCUGAUUCUCGAAAAAUAUCAGAUCUGAUUCACACUUAUAGCAGUGAUAGCAAAAUUAGGUCAGAUAUUUGGGUGAAAUUUAAAAAUCUAAAAAUGACGGAAGUUUCUUCGUUUUCUCAAGAACAACAAAAACAACAGCAGAAUGUUGUCACGGCACCUCAUCCACCACGUAGACCUAGAGUAAGGGAAGUAAGCUCCAGAUUCAUGUCUCCAAUGGUUUCUACGUCUUCUUCUUCUGGAGAUCUUCAUCUUCCAUCUUCUGCAAAAUGUCCUCUUCCGAAACACUCUGGUGAAUUUCAAUCCAAACACCAUCAUCAAAGUCAGAAUCACAGUAAUCAAAAUCAGCAACGUUCGUUAUCAGCACAGAGACGGCAACAAGAAACGGAGCCUUUAUCUUCUGCGGAUGAGAAUAGACUUGAUGUUAUGCGAAAUUUGGAUACUCCACAUAGUAAAUUAGUCAUCUCAACACAGCAGAGGAAACCCCAGAGAAGUUUGAAGCUUUUUAAGGAAAAUAAUGGCGGCGGUGGUGGAGAAGAUACCGUCAAUUUGAGAGCAUUUGUUAAUGGUAAGUUACCGGGUAGAUCAACUGUUGUUCGAUCGAGAUCAGAUACUCCAAUUGUACAUGGUAAUGAUAGGAUAAACCCUAGGUCGGCAAUUCCAACUCAAAAUUCUCAUCGGUCAGACACAAGUAUGGUCUCAGCUGCUGCUAAACUUGUUCAAUCUCAGGUUUCUAGUUCAGUUUCUUCAGAUAAUGAUGAUAACAAAUUUAUAGAAACCCUGACAGAAAGUUCUGCAUCUAGUGAUUGUUCUGAAUCAGGAUCAUGUUGUAGUUCUCCAAUGAUAAUCCAGAAGUCUAAGAUUCGAUCAUUUCCAGAAUGUCGAUCCUCAAUGCCUGAAGCUGAUCAAUUGCCAACAAUAUCCAAUAGAUUGUUAACUAAUAGAGGAAACAGUGGAAUGGGUGAUAGCUCAAAAAUUGGGUUGUCGCCUAUUUAUCGUUCUCUGAGCUUUGAACAACCACCCUUCACUAGUCCUACCAAGACUCUUCACAGAACGACGACUGGUUUUGCGAAACCCCAUCAAAGUUCUGCAAAGCCACCUGGUAGUGUUGUUAGCCUACCGCCCCAUCCGUCAAGCACAGUUGCUUGGGCAGAUACCAAAAAGGGAAGGAAGAUUUUAAGUCAGCAGGAAAAUGUACAUUCUCUUAAGAUGCUUCAUAACCGUUAUCUUCAAUGGCGAUAUGCUAAUGCAAGAGCUGCAAUCAGUGUGAAUGCUCAAACAACUGCUGCACAGCAAUCACUUUAUGGCCUUGCCAGCCAGGUAUCAAAAAUGCGUGACUCUAUCAAAGCAAAGCGUGCUGAUUUUGAAAAUCUGAAGAGGAGAGAAGCGCUAUCUGCUAUCCUCGAAGCUCAAAUUCCACAUUUGGAUGAAUGGUCUGCACUGAAAGGUGAUUAUUUAAACUCUCUCGUUGGAGCAAUCAAAGCUUUGCAAGAUGCAUCACUUCGACUUCCAAUUGGCGGGAAUGUAAGGGCUGACUUAAAAGAGUUGGAUGGAGCUUUGAAUUCGGCUUCCAACAUGAUGGAGUCUAUCUCCUCUAAUUUUGAAAGCUUUGUACCCAAGGCGGAACAGAUGGAUUCUUUAGUUUCAGAAUUAGCUGCAGUUGCAAGCGAAGAAAGGGCGCUGAUAGAAGAAUGUGGAGAUUUAUUAUCUCAUACACAAAAUUUGCAGGUGGAAGAGUGCAGCUUAAGAGGCCAACUAAUGCAACUGAAGAAAAACAGCAGUUUGAAUCAAGCAAAGGAAGAAUGAGUAUAAGGUUUCUGACAUGCUGAUACUGAAAACAGCAGUCUCAAUCAAGAAAUGGAAUGAAUGAGCAAAAGGUUUAUGACAUGUUAAUAUGUUCUUGCACAAUUCUUGUCUCAAGGGAUAGAUGGAGAGUUCUCAAGGUGUGGAAAUCAUUAUUUCCCCCAAGUAUACUCACAUGGGUGAUAAGCAUGAUGACAUGAUUUGUCGCCUGAAAAAGAAGUGAAUGAAAAGAGCUGCGAAAUUUAUGUCUCUCCCAGCAUGGAAUGGGGUCCCCAUACAUCUACAGCGCGACGAUUUAAGAAAAAUAUUUCUCUAGGAAUUUUCCCUUCAUUUGGGGUAAUAACAAACAUUCUUGUAUAGUUGCACCCUUUAAACAUUCUGUUGUAAAAUUGUACGUGUUUAAGAAGAUUGUGAAUUCUUUGUAUUGGAAGCAAUAAAAAAGGGUUCCAUUAUACCCUGGUACUUUUUUUUU